GAUUCAGAUGAUAAGAGAGAAGACAUGCACUGUGCACAUGUUAUUACUGCCCGUGUCCAACGCAAACUGAUUUCAAACAUCAAUACCCUGACCUUAACACUCUCUUCUCAUACAUAAUGGAAGAUCACCUUCUCCUCUGCGGUGCUGGUGUCUGAGCUCCUUGUUUCCUUCCUGAAGACUCCAGACUCCAGACUCCAAUGGACCUUUUGGGAUGCAGGAGACUGUCGUAAACUAGCUUGUGUGGACUCCACUAGUUUUCAUUGAGCAUUUAUACCAACAAAGAUGGCGGGGCUUUCUCAUCUUCCCAAGGAGAAAAAAGCAGCAGAUUUCUUUUCCUUGGGAGGGCCAAGGGUCGGAAUUUUGCCGGAGAAAGAAGAGAACAGAGUCCUCAAGGAUUUCUUUUCAGAUUAAGCAUCAUUGACCUAUUUGUAAAGCUGGGAGCCUCCCAACUCUUGUUACCUUGACUGAGCUGACUCCUUCUCUGUACAACUUCAGCGACCAGCUGGUCCGGUGAAGGUUGAAUCUGCAUGCGAAAACAAGAGCUUCUUUUGAGUCUUAAGUUGGUGGCAUUUCUUUGCAUGCUUUUGGUACAGGUCAGGGUUGUGUCGAGCAAUGGAAGCAGAUCUCGAAAUCCAUGAAGAAUUACCCGAGAAGCACCACCUCAGGAAGCAGAUUGCUGCUACAGUUAGGAAGAUCCAGUGGAGCUAUGCAAUCUUUUGGUCCAUCUCCACCAGGCAACCAGGAGUGUUGGCAUGGAGUGAUGGGUACUACAAUGGUGAUAUAAAGACGAGGAAGAUGACUCAGCCGAUAGAACUCAAAGCUGAUCAAAUAGGCCUUCAGAGGAGUGAGCAACUGAGAGAACUGUAUGAAUCGCUUUCGGCAGGCGACAGCAAUCAGCAGACCAGAAGGCCUUCUGCUUCUCUGUCUCCCGAAGACCUAACCGAUGCGGAGUGGUAUUACUUGGUUUGCAUGACCUUCAAGUUCACUCUAGGACAAGGAUUGCCAGGCAAAGCCUUAGCCAACAAUCAGCACAUCUGGUUGAACAAUGCUCAAUUUGCAGAUAGCAAGAUUUUUUCGCGCUCUCUUCUAGCAAAGAGUGCAUCAAUUCAGACUGUAGUAUGCAUCCCUUUCAUGGGUGGAGUACUGGAGUUGGGCACAACUGAAUUGAUUUUGGAGGAUGUUGAUCUCGUAAAGCAAAUCACAAGUUUCUUCUGGGAGCUGCCAAAUCCUAUAUGUUAUGAACAAUCCAUAUCCAGUCCACAAUUAGCUGAGCGUGGUGAAGGCAUAAUAUGCCCAGAUAUCGAUAAUGGUAUCGACAAUUCGAUCCCCUUGGGCGACCACAACUUGAUCACCGACCGCCAAACUCCAUUGGAGAGUGAUCCAACACAUUUCCCAUUUCCUAUCCAUUCAUAUGUGCCCAUUGAACAUACUGAAUCGGUCAAGGUUGAGGAGCUCCAUCAGAACAUCCGUGAGGAACCGGACACAUGUUCUCCUGAUGACAGUUCAAACGAGUGCUGCCUCACUCAUCAGCUUGAAGACCUAUUGGGAGCUGAUGGGCUCAAUGGCACGUCCCGGACUCACAGCAUGCAACUGGUAGAUGAUGAGUUCAGCAAUGGCCUGCUACAUGGAUCUCUGAGCUCCAAUGAGUAUGCGACGCUGUCCUUCGUCAAUGCCCAGAGGGCUGUGUCUUCUGCAAUGAGGGAACCGACCGGAAACCAGAUGCUUGGUGGUCUUCAAGAGGGAAACCAUAGCAAGCACAGCUCUCUGGAUCUCGAUGGUGACGAUUCACACUACGCAGAGACAGUGGCCACCAUUUUGCGGUCCUCGAAGCAGGUCAACCCAGUUCUGUGCUUCCUCAAGGUGUCCUUCAGGUCCAGUUUUGUGGUCUGGCGAAGAGGCUUCAACACUCCCAAAUCAUUCAUGAGCACGCCUCAGAAACUGCUGAAGAAGAUUCUGAUGGAUAGAGCGUGGUGGCGUGGAAAUCAUGUCUUGUCCGAGAGGAGGAGAAGAGAGAAGCUGAACGAGAAAUUUCUCGCUCUGAGAUCAUUAGUUCCUACCGGUGGCAAGAUCGACAAGGCUUCGAUCCUCGAUGACACGACACAGUAUCUGAAGCAUCUCGAGAGAAGAGUGCAGGAGCUGGAAUCCGGCACAGCUGUGCUCGGCACCACCGAUCGAAGGAAGAAUCCUGACGUAGCAGAGAGAACAUCCGACAACUACUUGGGCAAUGAGAUCACCAACGAAUGGAAGCCGCUGGGCAACAAGAGGAAGGCCUGCGACAUCGACGAGGGAGUGGCGGAGCACCACUUCGUCCUGUCCAAGCACGGCCCCGUCCACGUCACCGUCACAGUGAAGGAGAAGGAGGUGCUGGUGGAGCUGCGAUGCCCGUGGCGGGAGUGCUUGCUGCUCGAGGUCGUCGAGUCGAUGAGCAACCUCCAUCUGGAUCCCAUCUCGGUGCAAUCCUCCUCCGUCGACGGCAUGCUUGCACUGACCGUGAAAUCCAAGCUAAGAAGCAGCAACGUCGCGUCGCCGGGGAUGAUAAAGCGGUCGCUUCAGAGAGUGAUAAGUAAGUGCCUGUGAUGGAUUGCGCAUCUCUGCAAUUUCCAAUGUGUAGCAGAAUCGAGGGAAGCGACUCCGUGUAGCCUCUCCGAGAUUUUUGACUGGUGACAACUCUGCCGUGGCUGCCGAUUGUGUAAUUAGAUCUCCUAUGCUGCUUCCUACCCUGCAAUGUGGUCUUCGGAGAUCUGAUGUAGGUUGGAAGAUCGGAUGCUAAUGGAUUCUCUAAGUGUCUCUCUAUCAUAAGCCGUAUCAUAUAUUAGUUACAAAUCCA